AAAGAAUCAUGGGAUAGAAAUGGCGACUGCAUCCCUGGAAGCGACUUUUGACCAGUAAAUGUAAUGGGAGAAUUCAGCCCUGUUUUAAACUGAAAUUUAACUGUUUUGGCGUUAGCAGAUCACUGAGAGCCCACUUAAUCUCGGCCGCACCAAUGUCGAUGCGAACGAUUAUCCUGAUGGGCGUACGGAUGGUGUUUUUGGUUGCAUCAAAAUUGUGGGAAGCAGUGUGUUAUUUUAUACGGAAAAAUACGAGAAAGAUUAUUCAGUACCAGACAAUCCGAUAUUCCAAUGCCCCGCUUUCACCUCUUUCAAGACAUAAACUCUCACUAGUCAAGCGCAAGAUCAUGGUGUUGGACUUAGAUGAGACGUUAGUACAUUCGCAGCAUGCUAGUCUCAUGAGGCCCAACAGGCCAAGUAUACCACCUGAUUUUGUCCUAAAGGUUACAAUUGACUCACUUCCUGAGAGAUUUUACGUUUACAAAAGACCUCACGUAGACUUCUUCCUGAAUGUUGUCAGCAGGUGGUAUGAUCUUGUAAUAUUUACAGCAAGUAUGGAAAUCUACGGGUCUCCUGUCGCUGAAAAACUCGACAAUGGCAGGGGAAUACUUAGAAGACGCUAUUAUAGACAGCACUGCACAUUAGAUUCAGGCAGCUAUACAAAAGAUUUAUCAGCAGUCAGCUCAGAUCUUUCCAGUAUUUUUAUUGUGGACAACUCGCCAGGGGCAUACAAGUUAUAUCCAGACAAUGGAAUUCCCAUCAAGUCGUGGCUGUCGGACCCAACCGACAUUGGUCUGUUGAACCUACUCCCAAUUUUAGACGCCAUGAGAUUUACAAGUGAUGUACGGUCUGUGCUGAGAAGGAACGUACUUCAAGCCGCCCACAGAACAUAGCUCCUCCCCCCAAGAUACUUCCAUUGGUGGCUACAUAUGUACAUGUACAUAGUAUUAUUAUUGUCAUAGUAAUUUGUAAAAAAAAAGUACAAACAAAACAAAAUACAAAGUUUAUAUAGAUAUUGUUUUGAACUGGUGGAUGAUUUUGUUGGCUUCAGGUCAAAGGUCAUAUCCUUUGAUUUUGCUGGGUACAGCAUCCAUUUUAUUGAGACCAAUAAUUUGGUUUAAUAUAAUCCGCUUGCUUCAUUCUGUUAAAUUUCCCAGUCUUAAAGUAUUUGUUUAUUUUUUAACUUGAAUGAAAUAAUUAUUGGACAUGACCGAAAUGGCAGUUGGUACUAUUUUGUGAAGUCUGCUCUACAAGUCAUGUUACAACUGGGAAUGAAGAAAGUCGAGAAUUGGAUGCUUUUAUGUGUUACAUCUUUGCAAAUCUCUCAAGAUACAUGUAUAAAAAAUUGCAUUCUUGCCAAAAUCAAAAAGAGUAGUGGUUGUUGGCAUGAAAGUUCAUCCUUCAAAUGUGUGUGGCGGUGCAUACAUGUACUUGGGGACAAUUCAUUAAAAUAUCUCUUACUACAUAAGAAAAGAUUAUGUGAACUUGUAAUUUGUGUUCAAAAAAUGCAGGUCUCCCCAAAUAAGCACAAACAAUAAUUGAAUCAUAAGAACGAUACUCAAGCUAGAUAAUGGUGAAGUAAAUUAGUAAACAUCUAUUCAAGCAUGCUGCACGUUCCUGAAAUAUGAUGUGAUGUCUUGCUGGGUAGAAAAUUCUUGGAGGAACAAAACUGACCAAGUUACAAAGGAAAGUAUCAAAUGUCUCGUGUACAUUGUUAUUUUAUGCAACAGAGUUGCAUGAAGUCCCAUUAAUUGGAAGCAUUAAGGAAUGUGUGCCCAUUUACAGUUGUUUCAGAAGCACAAAUCCAAGUUAAGAAGCAGAUUUUUUUUUUGAAGACUGUAGAUCAGGAAAUGGCAGAUUUGAUUAGAUUGUCUACUCUGAUUUUAUGAGAUUUUUUGUGUUGUUUGCACGUAUAUUGCAUUGCCUUGUGUGACAUACAUUUUGCAAUUUGUUUUUGGUCGUAGUUGUCAAAUGGUGUCAUGUCUUCUCCUCUAAUUUGGGGGGGGGGUCCGGCAGGAGGAGAGCUAGAUGUUGCAUUUUCAGUUUUUGAGUUUGUUUCAUUUUUUCACCAAACAAUAUGAUUUUAUAAAACUCUAAAAAUGGUGAGGCUUGGGUCCAAAAAGUACAACAACCAGUUGACUUUCAAGUCUGUGUUUGUUUUUACUUCCGUUUUGGGAUUGAAUUCAUGCUUUUGUUUGCCCAAAAGAAACCAUUAGAAAAACCAUUGUAAGAUACAACGGCUGUCAUUACUGUGUACAGGUGUCGCUUGUAUUUUUAAGAUUCAAAGAAUAAUGAAACCUAUCAUAUCAGGAAGACUUGUAAUUAAUAAAUUCAACAACAAUUGAAUACGA